AGUGGGAAUGAGUAAUGUGAUCAAAGCCAAAGUGUUGGGGAUUCUUCACAAAGUUAUCUACAAAAGUGAAAGUGGACCAACCUGUAUGCUAUGUAUAGGGGAGACUACCGGAAUAUUCCCUCUCCAUAUGAGAAUAGCGGAGUUACGUUAUGUAUUGGUAGUAUUAAAUAUGCUGGCUUCCAAGUGGCAUAUAUUGUAUGGGCUUUCAUCAUCUCAGUUCUGAUCCUUUUCAUCCUCUGUAUCAUACUGGCUGGCCUUAUCGUCCUUAUCAUCAAUGGAGUCACAGACUGGCUUGUGAACAAACUUCUUCAAGUCUGGCCCAGUUUGCUGAUCACGCUAGUGCUGCUUAUCGUGCAGAAACUGCUGGCAAAGUUUAUCUUUCUGCAGGACCGCGGCCAAUGGCUCAGACUGGACAACAGACGCUUUUUCUUCAUCUUCACAUACUUCAUGUUCUUCUUCAACAUCUUCAUGGGUCUCGUCUCAUGUCUUUUGCGUAUUCUGAAAGCCAUCGGUGUGGGAACCAUUUUCCUGGCUCGCCUGGAUAACAGCACGCUCCCUAGAAAGUUUGAGUUUUUUGAUCCAGGCUUUAAGGCCUACCAGGGGUUCAUCCACAUGGAAGCGGCUCACACCCACCCCGUGGUCAACGUCUUCAUCCGUCUCCUGAUGGCGCUGAAGAACGAGAGGAUGAAACAGAAGAGUUCGAGCACAGCUGUGGACGUGGACAAAGUUGGGGUCAACGGGGUCACCAACCACACAUAUGACGGUAGUCUGAAAGGAGCUAGUGACGGUGAGGUCAAAGUUCGUCCUGUGAACGUCGCAGCGAGGUUUAACUGGCAUGUCACAUACACUCUGUUGUACAACCCAGCCAUCCGUGUAUACAGAAAAGGUUAUAUGCAAGCCUUGAUGCGAGCCCGGAAAGAAGGUCUAAAAAUACCCAUCAGCGACAAACCCGUCACCGAUUUCGACUUGGUCAAGACACAAGAGGAACGAGAGAAGGAAAGAAAGGAGGAGGCAGAAAGAAUAAAGAUGGAGGAGAAGAAGCAUCACAUGAUAUCAACGGGGCUGUCUUCCAUAGCUCUUGGUCUAGGGAGUGGAUUGAACGAGGAGAGUGAUGAUGGUGUGAAAAGUCGGAACACUAAGCCGGAUAAAAAGCACGGAAGAAUUACUGGGUUCUUUAAGGGGAAAAAUAAAAAGAACGGAGGAGGUGCAAAUGGUGGUGAGCACCACGCCAUGUUUCAUAUGCAGACGCGAGAUACGACAGAGGAGAAUCCACAGUCUCCUUCUUCUUCUUCUUCUUCUCCUCAAGUUGUUGAAACUAGUGAUGUCGAUGUUAGGUGUUAAUUCAGUGAAUUGUUUUUGUUUAAAAAAAAAUUAAUUUAUGUUUUGUAUUCAAUGAAUUCUAUUGUGUGUAGUUCUUUUUAAAUAUUAUUUGGUGAAUUGUGAAAUAUGAAUUUGUUUUGGGUGGGUUUAUUUUUUUACAGUCAGCAAAUUAAGUUACGUAAUUCUUGAAAGUCAAUUAAUUGAGUUGUGUUGUUUAAUUUUUUCAUUUCAUUCAGUGAAUUAAGUUGUAUGUGUUCAUUUUCUGUAAUUCAAUGAAUUUUAUUCUAUAAUUAAAAAGUAAAGUAAAGUUGUUCCCACAUCCGAUCCGGACAUUGGGGAUUGCCUUGUUAGUGAGACGACUCCCUGGGCCUUCGGUAUAUUGUGGUAGGGUGGCCAGUUCCUUUCCACGCCGUCUUUACUUCCUUAACGCAAAGUAAGGUACCCAUUGCUGCUGGGUUUUUUCUUUAAAUACAUUAAAUCAAGUUUUGUGUUUAAUUCUCAAGUGUGUGUGUGU